GCAUUGUUUCCUCAUCAGGUCCAACCUCCGUUCGGGUCCGUGAGAGAUCUAUUAGCUCCUCCAGACUGGAUCCCAAUGAGCGGUCAGCUUUCGACAGCUGCCCACCGCCUGUACAGAGAGGUGUUCAAGGGUGUUCACUGGUCAGAGAGCUCUGGGCUCAUUUGGACCGAUAAUCAAAGAGGCAAGAACUCGAUCCUGUGA